AUGAGUAAGUUAAAUAGGCCUCGAGGUACUCAAGAUAUUUAUCCCUCCUCUUCUCUUCUUUACCAAAAAAUUCAACAAAUAAUUAGUAAAUUAUUGCAGAAAAACAAUUAUCAAUUAGUAAUUUUUCCUACUUUUGAGAAUGCUGAAUUGUUUACUAAUUCUUUAGGAUCUACUACUGAUAUUAUUCAUAAAGAAAUGUUUACUUUUUCCGAUCGAAAAGGUAGGUUAUUAGCCUUGAGGCCAGAAGGUACUGCUAGCGUAGUGCGGAUGGUUUGUGAGAAUAAAUUGAUUCAGGAAGGAGUUGAGUUAAUUAAUGCUAAAGGAGUAGUUGCUGAUUAUCAAUUACUGAAAUUAGUUGUUGAUAUUUUUUAUGAAUUAGGAAUUACAGAGUUUACUUUUAGUUUAAAUUAUCUAGGAGAUAAUGAAACCAAGGAAAACUAUAAAAGUGAACUAAAAAGUUUUAUUGAGGCUAAGGAUAUAGAUCUGUGCAAAAAUUGUCAAGCGAGAUAUCAAAAUAACCCUUUGCGGAUACUUGACUGUUCGAUUUAUCAACUUUUGAAAAAGUUUAAUUUUCCUUACACUUAUGAUUAUAGUCUAGUACGAGGAUUAGAUUAUUAUACUGGGCUAGUUUUUGAAGCUAGUCUAGGAGAAAAUAAGGCAUUGCUGGGAGGAGGACGCUAUGAUAAACUUUACCAAGAAAUAGGAGACAUUGAUGUUCCUGCUCUUGGUUUUGCCAUCGGAAUUGAUCGUUUAAUUAAUUAUUUAGAGACCUCUGGAUUGAGUUCGAAGUUAUUGGAAAAUUUUAACAAAAUUGACGUUUUUUUCUUCUUGUCUGUUCCAGAAUUUUAUCCGGACGUUUUAGAUUGA